GAAUGCUACUUUGGAAACAAAAACUUGGUUUGGUGUUAUUCUAGUCUUUUUCUCAUUUGUAAAUUAAGAAUUUAUUUUGGCUUCCUCUCAGGUCUGCCACAGCUCUUGUAUUUUUAAAUAGCUUCAAGUUGGUCACGACUCGCAAGUGUCCGCUUAAUGGUUUCAAGUUACUUUCACAACUUGGUUAAUCAAAAAAAAAAAUACUUUCACAACAAAACUAAAGAACUAUUCAUUUGUAAAUCCGGUAUUGUUCAAUAAUCACUUCAUAACUAUGUUGACUUUCGUUUGUGUCUCUAUUGGUUCAGUAUAAACAGUCAACAUACUUUGUUGACCAGAAGAAAAAGUUGAUCAGUGACUAGUCAAGGAGGACUUGCCUGAAAACAGUAAAGGGACUAAACUGAAAUAAAGCACUUCAGUUUAACUAGGUGUGGUGACGUGGCAAUCAGACAUGCAGCAAAGCAAUGCCCGCGCAACACCUGGUCAAAAACCCAUGUCUGCAAAUGUCUUCUCUGAUCAAAGCUCAAGUGAGAGAGCACAGAGAUUCUCCAGAGACAAGAAACCCUUUUGUCUUAUUUCCAGGGCGGCGAUACUCUCUUGUGGCGACUGUUGUGUACGCGGGAACCUUCAUGGAGGUGGACCCGGUGGGAGUUUCUGUGGAUACAGUGGAAGCGUCGACGGUGUUUCCAGGGUUCAAGUUCUCGCCAACUGACGUGGAGCUGAUCUCUUAUUACCUCAAGCGGAAGAUGGACGGUUUGGAGCGGUCCGUUGAGGUUAUACCGGAAACCGAUAUUUACAACUUCGAGCCUUGGGAUUUGCCCGAUAAGUCAAUAGUUAAAUCUGAUACAGAAUGGUUCUUCUUCUGUCCACGUGGCAAAAAGUAUCCACAUGGCUCACAGAACAGGAGAACAACCAAGAUGGGGUACUGGAAAGCCACUGGGAAAGAACGUGAUGUUAAGUCUUCUUCUGAAGUGGUCGGAACAAAGAGGACGCUUGUCUUCCAUAUCGGUCGUGCACCAAAAGGAGAAAGAACGGAGUGGAUUAUGCACGAGUAUUCCAUGAAAGGAUCACCACUGGACGAUGCUUUGGUUGUUUGCCGGCUCAGGAGGAACAGAGAGUUUCAUAAGGCACCAGAGCCAAAUUUAGCAGCCGAUAAGCACAUGAUCUUGCCAAAUGAUCCGGCUAGUUCAGGUCGCCCAUCUGAUUGGGACAGCAUGAUUGAUUUUUACCUUGCAGGUGAACCAGGUGAAAAUCUUCUCACUGAAAUGGCAGAAACAUCAAGAAAUGUACAGGUGCAUGCUGAUGAGGAUUUCUUUGCGGAUAUCCUAAGCGACGAAAUCAUCAAUCUUGAUGAAGCGGUGACGACGGGGAAAACACCAAACGAAGUGCCAACACUUGAGUCAGCAGCAUCGGCGAUAAGGGUACUUCCAUUACCAACCAUGAUAGACAAACAGAUGGUUUCACUCUUAGAAGAAAGACAACCACAGGAGAAGGAAGGAAAAGAGAGCAGUUGCACUGAACCAUUGUCGAGCUGCUUCGUGGGACUAUACUCGAUCAAAACGGUGAACCGGGUACGAUGGGAUGUUAUCAUAGGUGCAGUGGCUCUCAUUGCAAUGUUGUUUUAUCUAGAGGAGGCUAUGUAACUAUGUAAGUAGUUGGAACCGAUGUCCUGUGUUGUUGUGUUUUGGGCAUUGCUUGCUUUGGAUGUUGAUGUUUGUUUUUGUGUAUAGGUUUGUUUUGUGUAUAGUGUUUCAACUUGAGUAAUCUGUCAAUUUUUGGUA